GGUAAAAGUGUCUCUCAAGAGCAGGAAAGAAGAGGGCUAGUAACAUGACAGUUUUCCUUGGGUUUGCUUUCCUUGCUGCUCUCCUGACUCACAUAGGCUGCAGUAAUCAGCGUCGGGGUCCAGAGUCCAAUGCAAGAAGGUACAACCGGAUUCAGCAUGGGCAGUGCUUCUACACAUUCAUCCUUCCAGAACAGGAUGGGAACUGUCGUGAAAGCACCACUGACCAAUACAACACCAACGCUCUCCAAAGGGAUGCUCCCCACAUGGAACAGGAAUUCUCUCCCCAGAAACUUCAGCGCCUGGAGCAUGUAAUGGAAAAUUACACUCAGUGGCUGCAGAAGCUUGAGAACUACAUUGUGGAAAACAUGAAAUCGGAGAUGGCCCAGCUACAGCAGAAUGCGGUUCAGAACCACACAGCCACAAUGCUGGAAAUAGGGACCAGCCUUCUCAGCCAGACUGCAGAACAGACGAGGAAGCUCACUGAUGUUGAAACACAGGUACUAAAUCAGACAUCCCGAUUAGAAAUUCAGCUACUGGAAAACUCAUUGUCUACUUACAAGCUGGAGAAACAACUGCUUCAACAGACACAUGAGAUCUUGAAAAUCCAUGAGAAAAACAGUUUAUUGGAACACAAAAUCCUUGAAAUGGAAGAAAGACAUAAAGGCGAACUGGAUACUCUGAAGGAGGAAAAGGAGAACCUGCAAGGCUUGGUUUCACGUCAAAGCUACAUCAUUCAAGAGCUGGAGAAGCAACUGAGCAAAGCCACGACUAACAACAGCAUGCUGCAGAAGCAGCAGCUGGAGCUAAUGGAUACCGUUCACAGCUUGGUCAGCAUUUGUUCUAAAGAAGGAGUUUUACUAAAGAAUGCAAAAAGAGAAGAUGACAAGGCAUUCAGAGACUGUGCAGAUGCAUACCAAGCUGGCUUUAACAAAAGUGGUGUCUACACUAUUUAUGUUAAUAACAUAUCAGAACCUAAAAAGGUCUUUUGCAAUAUGGAGACCACAGGAGGCGGUUGGACGGUUAUACAGCACCGAGAAGAUGGGAGCCUAGAUUUCCACAAAAGCUGGAAAGAGUACAAAAUGGGCUUUGGUAACCCCUCUGGUGAAUACUGGCUGGGGAAUGAAUUUAUCUUUGCAAUAACCAGCAGUCAAAGACACUAUUCACUAAGAAUUGAACUAAUGGAUUGGGAAGGAAGCCGGGCCUAUUCACAGUAUGAUAGAUUUUAUAUAGGAAAUGAAAAGCAGAAUUACAGGCUCCAUCUAAAGGGCCAUUCAGGAACAGCAGGAAAACAGAGCAGCCUGAUACUGCAUGGGGCUGAUUUUAGUACCAAAGAUGCUGACAAUGACAACUGUAUGUGCAAAUGUGCCCUUAUGCUAACAGGAGGGUGGUGGUUCGAUGCCUGUGGGCCUUCCAAUCUCAAUGGAAUGUUCUACUCAGCUGGACAGCACCAUGGAAAAAUAAAUGGAAUCAAGUGGCAUUACUUCAAAGGUCCCAGUUAUUCCUUACGUUCCACGACUAUGAUGAUACGGCCCUUAGACUUUUAAACAUGCCAGGCAAAAUCAAGAACAGUGCACAGCUGAGCUACUGCAUUCUGAAGAAUUUCAGAAGCAGAAGUUGGAGACUUCCUGAAUGCAUCCAAUGGCAGCAGCCCAGUGGUACUCGGCUUUCAUGUCACAGGUUGCAGCAAAUGGGCACAGGUCACUACCAUACACAUCAAGAAGCAGAUGACAUUGAGGGUGCUCAGAUCAGAGAGAAGAUGGCUGUUGUGACGAUCCAUGGGCAACAUCACAGUCUGAUUGCUAUAAAUGGCAAUAAACUUGGUUGUACGUUUUGGCAGAAACUUUUUUUUCUUUGAACAAAGGACAUCAACGUUGACCUAACUACACAGAAACGAGAUGAAAAUCUGUUAAGUUGAAAUAAAUCAUAAUCAGAAGAAAUGAUGGUUGUUGAUGAUGAAAACAGCAUGGAAUCUAUGCAAAACCACAACCAAUACUUAUUUUGAUUGGUAGAUGUGCCUUUAAAAAACAUGCAAAGAUAGCCACUCAAAACUCUUGCCUGCAAUCAGCAAAAACACAAUUUUGAUGGGUAACAUUUCUUUAGGUUCAAUAUAGUGAUUUCUCAUUAUGCCCAUUUCAAAUGUGAAUCAUGCCCCCUAGUAAAAAGAAUGUGAGUCACAACAGACAAUGAUAAGAGUAAUAUACAAAGAGUUGUCAAUUGUCCUGCAAAGCUAGGGUGAAUGUAGAUAAUCCAGAUAAUUGGCAUAAUCCUUCUCCUAGCAUGAUAACAAAAGAAACCAGGGAUUUUUCUUUCAAACUGCUACAGCUUUGGCCUCUAUCAAACCCAGUCUAAAUGUCACAUUUCAAAAAAGACUUUUUUAAAAGGUGAAAUAAAGGCUAUUUUGUAUAAGGAAUUUCCUUUGAAAAAUAGAUGUACCUAUAGCAUGUAUGCAAAUAACAUAACCACAUAUUUUAACUGGAUUGGACUCAUUAAACAGUGUUGUUUUUUUGCAUGUGCACACAUUUGAGUUAUUUCCAAAUUGCUAGGCCUUCAUUUCUUCUCUGUGUUGUUCAUCCUUAAUUCGAAAAUAAUUCCAGGAGAAAAUUAUCAGUUAUUUGUUGUGCUUCAGUUACUGCUAUGGAAAUAAAUACAUACAUACCAAAGCACAAAGGGAGUAAUUCAAAUUAUGGAUUCUAAAAACCAUGGCUAUAAAGUACUCACAUUCACUGAAAUUGGAAAAUUAAGCAAUGUUUAAUUCUCUACUAUUUGAAAUGAAUGGAAUUUAAAAGUAUUUACCUGGUUUAUGCCCCAUACGUGGGGCUACAACAGAAAGACAAGCUAAGUAUUACAACCUUGGCCAUCAGUAGUUCCAAUGAAUAAAUAAAAUAAUUAUUGCAUUCAAGCACUAAAUAUUUGUUUCUUGUUUAUGAACAUGCACCUCUACAAUUACAUCGGCUUUCUGGUGUAUGUUGAGGACCAGCUCAGACAGACCUUUGGACCAGAUGAUAAGCCUUUCUGCAUGGCCUGCAGUGAGCCCGGACCUCUGGAACAUGUUCAAAUAUCUCUGCAUGCAUGAUGGUGUAGGAUCAUAGGUAGCUGCCUUCCAAAGAAUUAGACCAGUGGUCUAUUAAGUCUAGCACCGAGAAGCAAUAGUUCAUUGUUGGAGUAUUUCCUAGUCCUACCUGGAGAUGCCAGGGAUUGAACCGUAAAAACAGCAUUCAGUGCACUUGUUCUGCCACUGACUUAUGCCUCUUCCCUUGUUGAUAUAUCACCUGGAAGCUGGCCAUUUGCACAUAACGUAAUUAUGUUGUUUUUGAAAAACUUCUAUCCUGCUUGGGAUGCAAUGGAUCAUCAGAAUCUGCCAAUUCACCAAAUGCAUGUGGUGUAUGCACACACACCCUGAGAUCAGUUAGUUCAAAAGUUAACUGCUUUUAGGGUCCUCAGCUCUUUUCAGACCAAAAUCCAGAUAAACAAAACUCAUAUUGAGUUUCAACUGUUUCACAUGUGUUUCACAUGUGUCAUUUUGGGUGUGGAUGAAAACUAUAUUGGCAUGUGUGUGUAUGGCAAAUUCAGCAAGUGUAUAUGUUCUGCAGAGGAGGUUAGAUCUCCAGAUAAAAGCUGAUUUUUCCAAGUACAGACUAAACUAUAUCCACACAUACACACCAUCUUACUUGUUUCCCAAUUCAUACAGAGCAUUCAUAUAGAGUUCUCUCACUGUCUAUCCAUGAAAAGACAUAUAUUGUAUCUGCAAGCUCCCUUCUCACAAGGACCACACAGGAAGCCAUCUUCUCAUUGUGGCUUUGGAGUUGCCUACCCCGUAUUUCUCUCAGCUGGGGAGGGACCUUAGCUUAGUGAUAGAGCACGUGCUUGCAUGCAGAAGGUGCUGGGUUCUGCCAUAUCCAGCUCAAAGGAUCAGGUGAUAGGUCAAGUGAUACGAAAGACCUCAACCUGAGAUGCCAGUCAGUGUAGAAUGGGCCACAUGACCACCUAGUCUGACCUUAGAUGCCAGCUUAUUUUACACCUAUCUUUCUUUUCCCUGGAAACGAACUUCUGAUUUUCCCAGGCAAGUAAUUCCUUGAGCACCACCUCACAGCUAUUUUAGCUAUAAAUAAUCAUGUACACAGCAGUAUAUGAUAAUUUGCCAUGGCCCUGAAAAAGAGAGCAAGAUUGAGUUUGCUCGAAGCAUGAGCUCUUUUUAAUGAAUUAUUAAAAUGUUGAUAAUUGUUUCUAAUUUUGGGUUGAACAGUUGAACACCCAUACUCUUAAUCCAUGAUAGACCACUUUCUUCCAAUUACAGGAAUGAAAUUUACAUAGGUUUUAUAAAGAAAACAUAAAAAACAAGCGGCUAACACAAACUUCUUUCUAAAUGUGUCAGCUCAGUUCUUCUCAAGUUAAGAAAGUAUUUUUGUAUUGAUGUAUCCAUGUAUGUAUUUUUCUGUGCAUAAUCCUGUCUAUGGGGUUAAUUUGUUGUGUUCUGCUGGUUAAAUAGCCCAACUAUUAUUUGCUCAGUGGUUCCUUCAUACUCCUGCUUUCUCUCUCAUUCCAGCAGUCUUCAUUUAUGUCCAAAGAUUGUGGUGAUUCUCAAAAAGUAUUUUUUUUAAGUUUCCAAAUCAGGAAUGACAUUGUGUAGAUCAAAUUGCAAAGGACAAGGAAAGAAGAAAAAGGAAAGGAAAAAAAGAACUCUCAAAACACAAGCAUGAUAUUUACUGUUUAUUUAUCUCAG